AUGACCUCCCUCGCUUCUUCUAUCUCGGGCGGCCAGCGCAAGCGCGUUAGUAUCGGCCUCGAGCUCGCCGCCGCGCCGAUGGCUCUCUUCCUCAAUGAGCCGACCAGUGGUUUGGAUGUCAGUGCUGCGCUGGCAAUUAUGGCGUUGUUAAAGAGGUUGUCCACUCUGGGAGUGACUGUCAUGUGUAUCAUCCACCAGCCGAGGCCUGAGGUUUUGGAUCUUCUUGAUGGGUUGACGGUGCUACACAGGGGUCACCAAAUUUACCACGGCGGUGUUGCCGGGCUGACGAACCACUUCUCCGAGAUGGGCUUUGGGCUGUCGGAGAAGUCCACCCUGGCCGACGCCGUGCUGGAUAUUAUCUCAGGCCACGGCAGCGCAACCGCACCAGGGGCCAAAGGAACCACACCAACCCUUGAUGAUCUCCUCGACAUUGGCCCCUUCCUGUCGAGCGCGCUCAACUACACGCUCGUGCCCCAGAUUGGCCUGGCGGCGGCCGCGCCGGGGGUGAAGACUUUUGGGGAGGAGAAGCAGAUCUACUGGCGCGAGGUGAACUCCGGGCACUCGCGGCUGGCGUACUACGUGGGCAAGGUGCUGGCGACGUUCCCGCGGCUGGCCAACUCGGCCAUGCACUUCACCACCUUCUACUGCGUGCUGGCCACGCCGUGGAUGCACUUCUGGAGCAUGCUCCUGUCCAAACUACUUCUGAUUAUUGGUGUCUGGGGGGGGUAUGGCCCACCGCUGUACCUGGUCAAGGAGUGGCAUCUUGAGUGGCUGUGGCGGUUGUGCCCCGGGGUAUGGUUGACCGAGGUCUACUUUGAUAAAUACUUGGCUAUCAUGAGCCACUUGUACGAUCUGGACCUUGCUGCCAGUUGGACAUGUUAUGUACAGGGUCGUUUCAGCAUGGACAUUGGUUAUAGACUCAUUGGGUAUGGGAUCACCGAUGGCGACACAGCCGCGACAGCCGAGACAGCCGAGACAGCUGAGACAGCCAAGACAGUUCAGGAUGGGGAGGAAUGGCCGGAUAUCGAUUGCAAGGCAUCAUCACUACACAGUGACGUUGACUCUGAUCCGGAACUCUGCUUGGCGGUAGAAGCCCAUGAGCCCAUCAUGUCGCUGUAUGCUCACGCCAUGUUCUCAGAAUUCAUGUGGGCUGUGGCAAAGGAGGUAGCAAAGAGGCCGGGCGAGCGCAUCACGGAAUUACGAACCGACGACACCGGCAACAGCAACACUCGAGGGAGUUUCACACUCUGGGACAGGCAUCUGUCAACCAUGGCUCAGGAGAUUCGAAAUACGGGACUCGGAAGUCUAGAUCAGAUCUACCUGAGCAUCAUCCCGCCAUUCAGCGCCGAGAAGCUGCUCCCCGAGCCGAAGGAGGUCGUUACGCUCGUGAAACAACACGCCGAGCAGCUAGCGAGAAUUAAUCACUGGAAACAGACGAGUGACGCAUGGUAUUGGCUCCUCCAACCGGCGAAUAUGUUCCCAGAGGAUGGCGAAUUCUACAGGACAGCCCAGUACGAGGCGAAGGAUGAACUUGGACGGUCACCGUUACACAUAGCGGCCCUAGCAGGCGACGACGAGCUCGCAAAGCUGCUGAUCCGCAGUCUUGCAGAUGUGAACCUGGGGGAUAUGAGAGGCGGAACAGCACUACACGUUGCCGCUGCAAAUGGGGAGGAGGGUAUCGUACGGCUGCUCAUCGCUAAUGGCGCCAACAUGGACGCGGCAGACAUGGAUGGGUUAACACCGGUCUAUGCAGCUGCUGCUCAAAAGCAGGAGGCCAUCGCCAGCCUUCUGCUGGAAAGCGGCGCCAACAAGAACGCCGCGGACCAUCAGGGAUCAACACUACUACAUAUCGCCGCCUCACGCGAGGAUGAGGCCGUUAUAACGCUGCUUCUAGACUACGGCGCCGAUCAAGACGCAGUGAACGACAAACACCAAACACCGCUCCACACCGCCUCGGCAACCAACAACGCGGCCAUCACCCGGCUGCUGAUCGACAGCGGCGCCAACACGGAGGCCGCCGACGAGGACGGGCAGACGCCACUGCACAUCGUCGCCACGGCCAUGGACAGCAUCGUCGCGGAGCUGCUUCUCGACAAGGGGGCCGACACGGAAGCGCGGGAUCACGAAGGCCGGACGCUGCUGCACGUGGCCAGCCCGACGGCCGGAGCGCUGCUCCUCCAGAGGGGUGCCGACAAGCAUGCACGGGACAAGGAGGGCCGCGAACCGGUGCUGACCGACCAGAGCCAGGAAGCCCGGGAAUAUCAGGCACAGUUGAUGCUGCUGGAGCAGCGGAACAGGAAGCGGAUGCAGAUGGCCCGGCGGGAGUUGGGUUGA